AUGACGAGUCCUGCAGACGUGAAGAAGAAAGCGCCUGACGGAGGCUGGGGAUGGUUCGUUUGCCUUGGCAGUAGCCUAAUCACGCUCUCUUUGAGAUCGUUAGACCCCUCGUUCGGACUCCUUUUUCACGAUCCCUUGGAAGAACUCGAGAUAGACUCGACUGGAACGUCGUUAAUAAUGAGCAUUCUCGAUGCUAUCGUGAAUUUUUCAGGUCUUUUAAUAGGGCCGUUGUUGAAGAAAUAUUCUUAUCGAAAAGUAGCUUUCUUUGGAUCCCUCUUAAGCUGCACCGGACUGAUACUGACGUCAAGAGCUAAUAGCAUGUUUCACAUUAUUUGCACUUACAGUAUUUUGGGCGGGUUGGGAACCGGAUUAGCAAUCGCGUCGUCUUUCGUUGCAUUGAACACAUUUUUCGAUAAGAAAAGGGGGCAAGCUGUCGGUUUUUCUAUGGCGGGAACAGCUUUGGCGAUGAUGUUAGUACCUCAGUUCAUACAUCUUCUUUUGGACUCUUAUGGAUUCCGCGGAGCGAUGUUAGUCGUUGGAGCAUGGGCGAUGCAUUCCGCUGUUGGCGCUUGCUUGUUACGUCCUCUCGAAGUUAAAAAUACGAAACCUGUUAAAAAGGAUGUGAAUAUUUCAUCCGAAAUCGACACGCUGUUACAAAGAAAUAGCAACGGCGUGAUAAAGAAGAUAGAAAAUGGCGCGGAAGAUUUGAAAAACGAUACCGCGAAAAAUGAGGAAAAGGUCGAGGUGGAAGAAAAAUUCAAAGACGAAUUCCUCGAGAAGAUAAAGGAAACCUUCGAUUUGGAUCUCCUUAAAGACAGUGUUUAUCUGAACGUAAUUAUAGGUUCGAGCCUGUAUUACGUUGCCGAGUCAAACUUCAAAUUAAUGACGCCCUUUUUCUUAGCUAGUAUAGGAAUGAACAACGUGGAAAUUGCAUCUUGUUUGUCGAUAACUGCAUUCACGGACAUUCUCGCCCGACUUUUACUACCGACAAUCUUCGACAGAUUGGGAUUCAAGAAGAGAACUGUGUUCUGGGUGUUUUGUAUGCUAGUUGGCAUUGGACGAUCGAUUAUGGCAGAACAAUCGAAAGGAAUAUUCCUGAUAGUAACAUUCGUGAUAAUAGGAUUUUUACGAGGCGCCACUUUGGUAAAUUUAAAUCUCAGCGUUUCGGAAUGUUGUUCCUUGAAGAAGCUUCCAAGUGCUUUUGGAAUGUUUAUGGUGUCUAAAGGUUUAUUUGUUGUGAUAAUGAGUCCUUUAAUUGGAUAUAUCAGAGAUAGUAGUAAAAGUUAUACAAUUUGCAUACACGUUAUGACAUUUAUGAUAAGCAUCACUUUCAUUACGUGGAGUAUCGAAUUUAUGUAUCAGAUGCUGGAAAAAAGAAGAUCUGCUUUACUGUCGAUACUUCCGAUACAACAAUGCUUCGGUCUAAUCUUCCGAGAGCGUUUCUUUUCACUCGGUAUCACCGCCACGCAGACGUCGUUAAUUCUUCAUUUGUGUGGAACGAUCACGUGCAGCCUGGGCCUGAUAAGCGGGCCAAUGAUGAAGAGAUUCACAUUCAGAAAGGUCGCUUUUCUCGGGGGGUUCACUGCCGCCAUUGGCGUCUGUAUGACUGCCUUUGCAGUCUCUCUUCCCUCUAUUAUUUUGACUUACUGCGUUAUCGUUGGUAUUGGACACGGAAUCAUGUUUCCAGCUACGAGUCUCGCAAUGAACUCCUACUUUCGGAAAAAACGAAACGUUGCUAUGGGACUUUCAGUAACAUUGACUGGUCUAGGACCGAUUUUGAUGCCUCUUCUGAUAGCGAUACUAUUGGAGAAUUACGCCACUACUGGAACCUUGUUAAUCCUUGCUGGUAUAGCAGCGCAUUCAUUAGUAGGAGCGUCGUUGUUGAAACCGUUUAAGGAGAAAGAAAUUACAAGUAUAACAAAGGACAAUGACAUCAUCCCAUCUUCCGCAGAAUUAAAAAUCGAGAACGAAAGCAGUGAUAAAAAUGACGCCGUUCAUUGUCGAUUAUUGAACGCUGAAUCGGAACGAGAGAUGAAAAAGUCUGAACAGUAUCCAUCGGAGGAUACGAAGCUUGAAAGUACGAAAGAGGAGAAAAGGUCGGCUUUGGCAAACCUUUCGGAGAAUUUGGACCUUGCUCUUUUAAAGGAUAGUCGUUAUGUCGCUAUUAUAUUAGGUAUGGGAGUAUCACUGGUCGCCGAAACAAACUUCAACGCGAUGAUUCCUUUUGUCCUGACCGAGCUUUCCGGACUCGAAAGGACUUCGAUCGCGACGAUAAUGUCGAUCCAAGCCGUAUCUGACAUCACCGGACGGCUCUGCGUUCCAUUUCUCGCGCAGAAAGCUGGCUGGACGUCCAGAAAUCUUUACGCGAUGUCUUUGCUAGGAUCCACUCUUGGAAGGACCAUAUUAUCCACUUGGGGAAACACCUACAUCGUGGUAAUUUGUGUUGCAUUAAUUAUUGGUGUUGCAAAAGGAACGAAAGCUGUCUUCCAGGCGUUGAUAAUACCUGAUUAUGUGCCUCUUGAAAGAUUGCCAGCUGCUUCUGGCAUGCAAAUGGUCUGCAACGGUAUACUAUCGAUUACGAUAGGUCCCAUCAUAGGUUUAGUACACGAUACGACGAAGAGUUACGUAGGCGCCCUUCAUUUCACGUCGAUCUUAAGUCUUUCCUGUGUUGUUUUAUGGUACAUCGGAGGGCUUUGGCAAUUUAAGAAAAGUUCUGGAAACUUAGAUACGAAAAAGGAAGCGAUCGAAAUAGAAAGAGAUGCCUUAGAAUGCAAUGCAUAAGUAAUCGUUAAUUAAAAUUUUGUUAAUUGUUAACAAGAAUUGUUUACGCGAGAACAGGCUCAAAACUUAAAGUACUACACAAAAUACAC